ACGGAACUUGACAAACUACGGGUAUUUAUCCUGGCCCUUCUUCACGUUCUGCAACAUGCUGCCGAAAUUUGCGAAUAUGCGUUUUUUCAGGGUAUGCGCAUUCCCUCUUGGGCCACCAUUCAAAUUUCCUACUCUAUAUCAUAGUCACACUAUGUUGUUUUCUCGCACAGAACAGGGUAACAAUCAGGUCUAUGGCAUACUUAUAUAUUUAUCGACUUAGCUUGAGCGUUGAUUGGUAUUCAACCUGGUGGAAUCGUAUAUGAUUCCGAUUCGGCUCAGG